CUCUCUCUCUCUCUCUCUCUCUAGCUCCGAUCAUCUUCAUCUUCCUCUGACGAUCCAAAACCCUAAUUUUAGCAAAUUCCCUUCGGAAAUGGCGAAGCUGUAUUUGAUAGAGGCGGUUCUCCCCCUCGGGAUCAUCGCAGCAAUGUUGUGCGUGAUGGGAAACGCCCAGUACCGCAUCCAUAAGGCCGUUCAUGGGAGGCCGAAGCACCCAGGGAAUGAUGUUUGGGAUGUGGCGAUGGAAAGGAGGGACAAGAAGCUCUUGGAGCAGCAUUCAGCUUCUAGCAAGUAGGAUGUGAAUACCAAGAACUGGGUUAUGUUGGACACUAGGAAACCAUAAGAGACUACUUUGUUUUAUGGUCUUGUAAAUAACCUUAGCUUAUCCAUGUUUCCUUUGGUGAUUUUAGGGGAAUUUAAUUUAGGAGUUUUGUAUGGUAAUUACUGUAAAAUGGCUUUGGUUUUUUGGUUGGUUUUCCUUGAUGAGAAUUUCACUCUAGUAAUGGAGGAAACAAGAAGGAAACGGUUUGUUGUGUUGC